GAGCAGGGCCUCAGCGGCUGGACCUUGGAACAAGGUAGUCUCCAGAACCGCUGGGAUGUGAUCCUGGAUGGCCUCCUGAAGGCCGUGAUGAUGGAUGGCCACUGGCCUCGGGACGUCGCCGCGCAUGCCUUCGUGGGAGCAGAUGCGGUGCACAUUACCGGCGCCGUACAAGAGCAGGUGAUGCCCAUCGUGGGCUACAAGGCCGGUCGAGCCCAAUACCAGCCCGCCACCUUCAAAGCCUUCGAGGAAAACGGUGAAGCCUGCAGUUUCCCCGUGCACCGGGGAUUCAGAGUGGCACCGGAGCCUGAGUUAGGGACCUUUUCGCUUUGCUUUCGAGCCAUUGCGCACUUCGCUUCGCAUCCUCUUCUUUUACAUCUUUGCUGGGGCCAGAGCUACAUCAGCGAGGGCUCUGGCGGCAUCCUCCCGGACGGCGAGUUCGGAAGGAUAGGGCUUCUUUUCUGGAACCGCGUGGCUGGCGGUCUUUUGGCUGGCUUCGUGAGCCAGCACCUUUGGCUUAACACUUUUCUUUGCGGGCAGUCCGAGGAAGAACCUCGGCUUCUUGGGCCCCUGGCUGGCAACGACUUCGUCUUCGAGUUCCCUUUUCAGCACGGCUGCCCGGACCGCUCCGGCUUCUUGGUCGUCUUACCUUUGUGGAACGAUCGUCCUCGAGUUUUCUUUUGGGCCCCCAUUUUGGGUGCCCGGUGCUUCCUUGCAGAGCAGAUGGCGGAGGAAGACAAGAGCACGUCGGCGUGGUACAAGGUGCCGACCUGGGACGGUAGCCCGGCCACGUGGCGUUCGUUUCAGCGAGAGAUGCAAUGGUGGAUGAGUUCCUUGGAUGUGGAAAGCACCAAGAAGUUUAACCUGGCGGCGCGUUGGCUAUUGCGCCAGUCAGGUGUGGUCCGGCAGCGGGGGGAGGAAUUUACGCCAAAGGAACUUGAAUACACCCGCGAGGUCCGGACGACGGACCCGGAUGGCAUCGAGAUUGUGGUGGUCCCUGAGGACCCGUUCAGUGGGAUCAACAAGCUUUUGGCCGCGCUCGAGGAGAUAAACGGCAAGACGGCCCUGGACAAAAAGGGAGAACUUCGACGGCAAUUUUAUACGGAGUUGUCAAGGAGACCGGGGGAGAGGCCAGCAGAUUUCCUCUCCCGCUUUCGCUUCCUGGCGUCGGAGCUCAAGAGCGAAGGGAUAGAUCUACCCUCGAGCGAAUUAGGAUGGUUUUUACGCGAAAAGCUGGGCCUGGAUCCGUUGCGCAAACAAUUGCUUGAAACCGCUUUGCAAGGACGCGAGCGGUUCGAAGAUGUCGAAGCCGAGGCGCUCAGGCUUUUCAAAGAGCUCCACGCGUCUGAUCCGCUUUACCGGCGGGUGGGUCCUGAACGCCGUGGUCGAGGCCGAGGUCCUGCGUCCCUGUCGUCCUUUGGGGGGUCUUCUCUGAGGAGCUCGGGGGCCAGCACGUGGUCGGGACGAUCGUCGGCAAGCACCUCCACCAUGGGAGGCUUGGGCAAGGCCGGCGGCAAGGGCGGCCACUUUGGGCCGCGGAGGCCCUUUGUCUCGGGCUUUCGGCAGCGACAGGCUUUUGCGACCGAGGCCGACGAGGAAGACGAGAUCUACGAGGACCCCGGCGACGAGGAGUUGGUCGCCGACGGUGGGGCCGAGCAGGGGCUGGACGAGAUUCUUGAGCAUGAGGCGGAAGCCUUGGCGGCCGAGCUGGAGGAGGCUGAGCAAGAAGGCUGUGAUGGUCAGCUUUUGGGGGACCUUGAGGAGUCCUACGGCAGCGCGGCGGAGGCCCUGGUUUCCAUGCGGGAGGCUCGGGCCAAACUUCAAGAAGUGAGGAAAGACCGUGGGUUUGGAAAGGCUGCCCCGAGCACUGGCCAAAGGACGCCGACUUCCGGCGGUGGCUCGCCGAAUGCAGGUGGGCUCAAGAAGCGUGGGCUCUGCUGGGAUUGUGGCCUGCAGGGGCACUGGGCUGGAGAUGCUGCCUGCACCCGCCCGGGCGCCGGGAUCAUCAAGAAGGGCUCCGGCAAGGGAGGCCAAGGUGCCCAAGGGCAAUCUCCGGCAAGGCGGGUCCACCUGACCGAGACCCUGGCGACAGAAGCGAUCGAAGAGCCGACUGCCACCGAACAUGAAGUGGCAAUGGUGACCACCAUAGAGGAGGCCCUCGCGACUGGGGCGCCUCACGAAGCCUGUGCCAGUACCUCACUGCUGGCUGGAGAUAAAAAGCUGGUGGGAGCAUUGGACAGCGCGUGCAAUAGGACAGUGUGCGGCCGCCUCUGGUAUGAGAACUACAUGUCGAGUUUGCGUGCUUCUCCUGCUUGGGAGGCGGUCGGCGACCUGGUGAAGUCCGAGCCCGAGCGUGAGACCUUUAAGUUCGGGAAUGUUGACUCCCUGGGGCUCCUUCUCGGCCGGGACUUCUUGGAGGCCGUCGGAGGAGUCUUGAGCUUCACGCGCCGCGCGAUGAGGGCAGAUCACCUCGAUGGCAAGCGCAUCCCUUUGAAGCAGCUUGUUGCAGGACAUUUCUACUUGGAGGUUUUCCCCCGCGAGGCGAUCAGCAUCGGCACGGGCCGCUGGACCCGACAAGGACUUUCAAUUCGAAGCCUCGGCUGGGACAUGCCGCUGACAAUGGAAGCCGUGGCAAGAGUGCUGCAGAGGUGCCCUGCCGAUUGGAAGAGCCAGGCCGAGAUUAUGGUGAAGAACGGUGCCUUCCCGCGGCGGCACUUCAGGACCUGCGUCAUGAACGGCCUGUUCGACGACCUCACCUUGCUCAAGGACGCGGGGUACCUGAGAGACCGUCUGGGGCUGAAGCUGGCUUUCCUGGAGGACCCGUUGCUUCAAGGCAUGUUGGCCGCCAAGGCAACCAAGGGCGUGCGAGCAGCCAUUCAAGGCCAGGCCCUGGACAAGAUGAAACGACAGGCUGCCGAACAACAUGCCAAAGGGGAGUCGCUGAAGGCAGCCCGACAGCUGCUGGGCCCAAGAGGUGGACUUCCCACCUUGAAGUACGACUUGCUGCGCUUGGCGACCCUCUUGCGCGUCGACGUGGGGCCCACCGAGACGGUCGAGAAGAUCAAGUUAAAGUUGAGGCCAAUGCUGGCCGCGCUUCAGGGCAUCCCCUACGAGCCCAAAACCGAGGCAGUGGUACCAUCUCCUUCAACUCCGGCGGCAAGUUCGAACCAGCUCCCGGCACCCGUGGUGCCCCAAGACGACCGGGAACUUCGGCGGACCGAGGGUCCGAUGCCGCCGCCGCCGGGACACACCAAGGAGGAGCUGUUGGCCGAGAUGCGCACGAUGCUGGACAGCCGAGACCAAAGGAUGGAGACUAUGAUGAUGCAAGCCAUGCACCACAUGAUGUCCGUGGUGAGCCAGCAGUCGAUGACGCAGCCGCUGCCACAGAGCGAUGGCGAGGGGGACCUCUCGCCGGACAGCAACAUGGGCUUUACGUUCGCCAACGACGACGGGCUGUGA